UAAUUGAAAGACAAUAUUCCGAAUGCUGAAAAAAAGUUCUCAUUCUUUUCAUGUAAAAGAGGCGAUACGAAGCAUUUACUAUAUAUUUUUAUAACCAACUUUGAAGAUUGAGUGAUUAACUUAUAAAGAUAUUUAUAUAACGGUUCCUACAAACCUACUAUAUUUUAUACAUACAUAUAAUAAGAAAAAAAAUAGCGGUAACAAAUGCAAUACACAAACACAGCGAAACAUUCUCCAGUCAUUCGAAAAAUGGCUAUCAAAAAGGUGUUUGCCAAUCUACAGCGCACUCUCUCAUUACUUCAGCGUGUACUGGCGUGGAAUGAGCAUCGGGCGAGUAAAGUAAAAACUCCACACAAUAUCUUUAGUUGGUCCAAAGAAGAUUUAGAAGCUCGACUGAAAUUGGAGAACAUGGCUUGGCUUGACCUGUUCAUUAUUGACUUGCCAGAAAGUUACAUGGCAAUGAGAAAGCUACAAGUGGAUAUAGAAGAAUUAAUGGAAUUCACGAAAUUACUAUAUGAGAAAUUUCACAGUUAUGAUACGAAGAUUGCUAAAAAGUUACAUUCGGCGUUGAAAUUGUUAGACUUUCCUGAAUUUAUGCAAAUACAGCUAAACUGGAAUGCGAAUAAGGAGGAGGAAUUAUAUAAACGGUUGCAGACAAAAGACUACAGAUCAAAACUACUACUACAAACUUCUAGAAAACUUAAUAUUUUAGAACGUAUUUUAUCUCAAAAUAAUGUUUUCGAUCCUAUACAAACACGCUAUCAAAUACGGUAUAACGAAUCUCUUGUCGACCAAUAUGAAGAUAGCCUCUCUGUGGAGCAGAAUAAGACCAAGAAAGAAAUCGAUAGAUACAAUGAACUAAUGCGUAUUGAGAAGUAUUGCUCGGAGUGUACAGUGAACGCUCUCUAUGCGGAAACUAAUAAAUAUAAAACCCGAAUUGACCAUUUGGGUGCUCAAUAUGAGAAGGAGUACGAAGCCGUCAACAACCAGCUCGCAUUCAAACGUGCGAAUUUCGAAAGGAUGCGUGUGCAGCGUAGCUUUUUGGAGGAAGAAAUUGUUCGAUUCAGGGAAGAAAUCGUUCGUUUCAGGGAAGAAAACGACAAAGUGCCACGCGUUUAUCCAAAGGAGAUCAAACCAAAAAAAGCCAAAAAACAACAGAAAAAUACGGAAAGUCCAUUUCCAUCCGGAAAGACGAAGAAGAAGUAGUAAAUCUGUAUCACUAUGUACAUUCUGGGAAUGUGUAUAUAUAUAAUGGGUAUUAUAUACCAAUGUGAAAUAUAGUUAACUUAAAAAAAUAUGGCGUGUAUUAAU